GCCUUGACGUCGCACUCAACAAACCUAACUAAUCGGUUUCUUCUGUGGACAAAACAACAGCCUCAAAUAAAGUAAAUCUGUCGAUAUUAUUUGAGCUUCAUCUAGAUACAAUCGCAUGGAUUUAAACUCUGGUAUAACAAAAAUCUCGCCAGGUUCGCUGGAAAAUAAACAGGAAGUUGUUAGCGUUGUGGGACGUGUAGUUCCGGCUACAGGCCGCUAAAGAAGAUAUCGCGCACAAUAAAGAAAGUGCAAUAAAAGCGUCGUAAUUCGACGCGCAGAUAGAUUUUGUGGGCUAUAGGCGUUGGUGUUACCAUGCCUGGAUUUACCUGCUGCGUUCCCGGAUGCUACAGCAAUUCGCAUCGUGACCGGGACCUGCGCUUUUACACGUUUCCGAAGGACACCACACUCCGAGAGCUGUGGCUGAGGAACAUCUCCCGGGCCGGGGUCAGCGGUUGUUUCAGCACCUUCCAGCCCACGACGGGGCACCGGGUUUGCAGCGUGCACUUUGUGGGCGGCAGAAAAACCUACAGCAUCCGAGUGCCGUCGCUUUUCCCGCUGAGGGGUGUGAACGAGCGCAGAAGUCGACGGGGCAGAGGUAAGAAGCUGACCACGACGGCGGCUGCAGCCCCCGCCGGAACGACCUCCGGAGCCACCACCGGGGUCGUCAUCAACACCGUGCUGGGGAACACGGCCGAGGGCGGCGAGGCCAAUGCCGGCGGCGAGGCCAGCGACGACAGCAUCACGGUGGUGCAGAUUGGCCAAAACGGGGAGUAUCUAGGCAUGGCGCGACUACCCGUUGCGACGGAUGCGCCGUUCACUACCCCUGUCGGCGCUUCCAUCGAACUCACCAUAGACGUGGAUGACUCCUCGGCGGAUGCGAAGCAGAUGGUCGCGCAAUGCAUCAACCUGACAGGCAACCCGCUGGACCACUCGUACUCGCUGACCACCGGCACCACUUCGGCCGAGCUGCUGCGCAAACUCAACGAACAGCGGGACAUCAUCGCCCUGAUGGAGGUGAAGAUGAAGGAAAUGAAAGCCACCAUCCGCCAGCUUCGGGUGAUGGAGGCUAAACUGCAGGAGGAGGUGCGGGAGCGGGACCGGCUACUGGGCGGCCACCCGGUGCCUCUGAACGUCAACAAGAAAAUCUAGCGCCAGAGACAAACAAGAGGGUGCAGGGGAACUGAGGGACAUUCAGCCUUUGUGCAAAAAUGUAUUUUCAAUAACUUCAAAGCGGAUUUUCACAGCCCUGAUUGUGUACAAAUAAAUACAUUUAUCUGUAGUUCUGUUAUCUGUAGUGUCAGAUCGAACGCCGUUUGAGCAUUUUAUUCGAUAUCUAUAUAGUAUAUAUAGUUGAAGGUUCUGCAGACUAGGACGACAACUGUAAGACAUUUCUGCACACUAACAGGCUAAUUCAGAACCACUACAUGUUACUCUUGAAACAAAACUGCACUCGUUGACAUUUUGUGCUACUAGAACUACUGCUAAAGACUAAAUCUAACUCAUUUCACAAUAUCGCAUACCAAGGACUUCACAUUUAUUCAAUAGUCUUUAACAAUUGUUUUUGCAUUUACUGCCUUGGUCUACUGCUUGACCUACAUUUUGGUUCCACUAAUUAAGUCCAAUAGGCUACUUAGUACAUGACACAUACAUACUAGAUGGGCCUAGUGGUGUUACUAGUUAAGCACAGUUGGUUACUAGUAAGGUUUAGUUGCUUACUAAUAGGCCAAGAGGCACUAGUAGUGGAAAAAUCAUCACAGUUGUUUUACUAGUGUGCUGAACUGUCCUAAUAGUAUAUGAACCUUAAGUUGGGCAACAAGAAUAUCGAAUAAAUGCUUAAAGAGCUUUCUAUGUAGAGUGUAUCUUAAACAGCAGUUUCAUCCAGUUUACAGUCAUAGCCUUGCAAGUUAGACCAAGUUAAUUAGAGUUGGAAGGAAUAUUUUCAGUCCACGAUGUCCAUUUUGUUGUGAGUGAAUGGAAAUUAGAAGUGCCCAAUGGCAGAUUAUAUACUAAACUGAGAAAUAUUGUUGGGAAAACACUUGUAGGAGGUGUUUAGACAGGCUUAAAAAAUAAAAUUAAAAAAAUCAGCUCAAUGCCCAAAUGUGAAAUUUGGUUCUAUCUCGGGACUAUUACAUUGCAUCUUUUUUUAAAUGCCUUAGUGUUGAUCUGUUGGACUGUACAUAAUCAGAUGCUAAAAAGACAGACAUAAAUGUAUUACAACAAUGUGUUUGAUUGAUAAAGUACUCUACAGCAUUUACAAUAUUAUUCUUCGACCCAAUGAAAUUGGACUAUUUGGCAAACCCUGCCUUAAAGCAACGAAUAAAUACCAGAAUCCCCUUUUUCUUUUGUUUUCUGUUUGUGAUAUAAUUCAUUUCUGUUUAUGAUAUAAAUAUACAGUAGAAAAAAAUGCUUGUCCAGAUGCCUUUUGCAUUAACCGUUUCCAUUUCCGAUAUCAGGACUACUACGCACGAAAGUUGCAACAUGCUAACAUUCUGCUUUUGUCUUUUAUUGGCCCUGUUAAUGGUAAGGUGUUUCUCAACUCGCAGUUUUAUUAGCGGCUGCAUCAACAAGUGCUUUACGCACAAUGUGUUACCUACAGACAUUUCUGUUCUUUGGACUGAUGAUUGAGUCAUUAAAUAGCAUUUUGAAGUA